UGCAACUCAAUAUUAGGAAGGUGUUCCCAAUGUUUUGUACACUCAGUGUAGCAUGACCAUACUAUUUUUAAGGUCCCCGUCUUCAGUCAGAUGUUCGUUUCACAUACACAAAAAUAAAAUAAGCAUUUAUGAUGAUCUUCAUCCAAUUAUUAUMCAAUUAUACAAUUACCGUGCCAGCCCUAAAUUUGAAAUGAGGCCUAAUCGGGAGCAAACAGAAUUUGGGUAAAUUUUUCUUUCAAUUCCUAGACAAUUCCAACCUCUACAGUUAUUUGCUGAGYUACCUUCUAAGGAGAGCAAAUGAAGGAUGAAGAGAUUCAAAUAAAUAUUCAGAGCUAUCUUUAAUUGGCUGACAAAGGCGUAUCGUAAUUUGCUACUUUCGCAUGUGUGUGACGGAUUUGGGUAUUAGCAUAUUACAUGGAGGCUAUUACCGCCACUUUUAAAAGCCUCUUAAUGUGAAUAAACCUCCCCCUCCACCCAAAUGACCCCCAUCCAACUGCCAUGUUUUAUCACUAUUCAAAAUGCAGCCAAACCCUGUUGUCAAAUCAGUGUGGGCUUCUUGUUCUUUUAUUGGUGCGAUGAAUGGCAGAGACACCUUAUUCACUCCAGAUCAACGUCAUGUGCUUUUGGUUACUGCUCAUUAAUUUGUAGGCUUUAGCUACCUUAAAUGGCAGGACAUGACUUUGUCUACCUAGCAUAUGCCAUAUACUUAGACCAUGUAUACACAGCCUCCUUUUCUGCAGACGUGGGUAAAACUGAAUCAUUGUUCAGUGUUUUACUCAGAACCGAGCUCUGGGGUGAAGUUUCCCCUAGGUACAGAUCUGGGAUCAAAAAUCACAACAUCAACCAUUAGUGAGUAAAAGUCUAAACUGACCCAAGAUCAGUGUAGGAGCAACUUCAUCCUACUCCCAGAAGUGACUGAUGGGAUGCRAAUGAGAAGAGGAAUGGCACAGAUGAGGAAGUCGGGAUGUGACGGGAUAAGGACUAACUCCCGGACUGAGCUGCGGGUCCCACAGGUGUCGGCUAGACAGGAGAUCCUCACCAGCCUAGUGUCUGCGCUGGACUCAGUGUGUACGGCCAUGUCAAAGCUCAAUGCCGAAGUGGCUUGUGUCACAGUGCAUGAGGACAGCGUGAUCGCCGUGGGAACAGAGAAGGGAAGAGCUUUUCUCAACUCACGGAGGGAAAUACAAACAGAAUUCCACAAGUUUUGCAGGGUGCCCUGUCUGCAAGGGCUGACCACAGUGAAUUCCCAUGCCAAAGUCCAGGAGAGUGAAUCCAGCAAGCUUGGCAAAGAGGGCGGGCACGGCAAACAAAGGGCAUCAACAGAUGCCCACUCUAACAUCUUUGUCUUGAGGAAAAUGGUGGAGGAAGUCUUCAGUGUGCUUUACAGUGAGGCUGUUGGAAAGAGCAAUAGCCUGGUCCCUGUGCCUUAUGAGUGGAUCCUGAAGGACCCCAGCUCUGUGGUGGCCCACGGCCUGCCUGAAGGGAUCGCCCUGAGGAAACCUGCUGAGUAUAACACCAAGACCUUAAUGAAGAUUCUGGAGCAGAGCAACCGCAUCUACUUCACUGUCAAAAGGGGAACAGAGGAGCCUUUGCGUGAGACUAAGUCCAGUGCCGGCAACGUCAGCAACCACAACUCCUUCUCGGGCAACACCAAGAUCCUAGCCAAACACGGCCCAGCCUCCAAGCCUGCCUCCACCGCCCAGGAAUUGUCCACCGCAUCAGUCUCGGCCAGCAACUCCAUGCUCUCCAGCUUCCUGUAUGGCAUGCCCAUGUCUUCCCUGCCGCACCCUGACGGCAACCCCACGUCCCUCCUCAACCUGGACAGAGACCGCCUGGGGGCCUGGGUGGCAGGGGUGGAGAAAGGGACGGCCGCCAAGGACAGUUCCGACAAUGUACUCCAAGGGGAGUUGGGCCAGAGUCCUCCCAGCAUCCACGUCUCCAAGCGCCUCCUGUUUUCCCUCGUACAUGAGAAGUCAGAAAAAUGGGACUCGUUCAUUCGAGAGACAGAGGACAUCAACACGCUGAGAGAAUGUGUGCAGAUCCUGUUCAACAGUCGCUAUGCGGAGGCCCUGGGGUUGGACCACAUGGUUCCAGUGCCGUACCGAAAGAUAGCCUGCGACCCAGAGGCUAUGGAGAUCAUUGGCAUCCCAGACAAAAUCCCCUUCAAGAGGCCCUGUACCUACGGAGUACCCAAACUCAAACGCAUCCUGGAGGAGCGCCACGGGGUCCGCUUUGUAGUGAAACGAAUGUUUGACGAAAGGAUUUUCACAGCUGCUGGUAAGGUGGCCAAGGAGGAGGGGAAGCAUGACAUAAACUCCACCUUUGAGGAUGGUUUCCCUGACAACUUCCAGGUCCCGUUGGCUGCACUGGAGCUGGUCACCAAUCCUCACAGCAGCAGAUCUACAAGCUCUUGUGUGAGUCCAUUGGCUGACUGCGAAGCAGGGCCUUCAGGAGAUUGUAUUMCCUUGAAAAAGAUUAAAACGGAACCCCCAGAUGGGGAAAUCAUCCAGGUGACUGUACCAGAUGCCAGUGUUUCAGUGGAGGAGCCAAGUGAGCCUCAGGCUGACCCAGUUGCAGCAGCAGUGUUGGCAGUGGCCACCCUGGCGCAGGCUUCUUCCUGCCGCCCUUUGGAGACCCACGCAGCUGAAGCACUUUCAUCUAAACCAGCUUCUCAAGGCCUCAGAAGAUCUUCUGAAGGAAAUCUAGCUGAGGACAUAGGUGAAAUGAUCCUCCAGCUUCGGAGGCAAGUGGAAAGCCUAUUCAGCACUAAGUAUGCCGAGGCCCUUGGACUACCUGAGUCUGCAAAGGUGCCCUACUCCAAGUUUCAGAUGUACCCAGAGGAGCUGUGUGUCACAGGGCUCCCAGAGGGCAUGACUUUCCGUAGGCCCAACUGUUUCGGAGCGGCAAAGCUGCGCAAGAUCCUGGCCGUUGGCAGCCAGAUCCACUUUGUUAUCAAAAGGCCAGAACUGUUAACAGAUCAAGUCAAGCUAGAACCGCCUCCUCUCCCAGCCUGUGAUUCAGACUUUUUUUCCACAGACCUGGACUCCAAAGAUGCUUUGUCAGAAGACGUAGGGGCUGCAAUGCAGAGACCAAGCUUCCCAGAUAGCUUAGAGGCCAAGCUGUCUAGGAUUGACCUGGCCAACACCCUGAGAGAGCAGGUCCAGGACCUAUUCAACCGGAAGUAUGGGGAGGCACUUGGCAUCAAAUAUCCCGUCCAAGUGCCUUACAAGAGGAUCAAGAGCAACCCGGGCUCGGUGAUCAUCGAGGGCUUGCCCCCUGGCAUCCCCUUCAGAAAACCCUGUACCUUUGGCUCGCAGAACCUGGAGAGGAUCCUGGCAGUUGCCGACAAGAUCUGCUUCACCAUCACCAGACCUUUCCAAGGACUCAUCCCUAAACCAGCACCUCGUCGGAUCACUUUAUUGAAGAAGGCCUACGCCUCAAUAAGUGAUGAGGAAGAGGUCAACUCCAUCGGUGAGAAAGUGAUCCUUCGCGAGCAAGUGAAAGAACUCUUCAACCAGAAAUAUGGUGAUGCUUUGGGCCUGGACCACUCUGUCCUGGUCCCAUACAAGCUGAUCCGUGCCAGUCCCGAGUCUGUGGAGGUUAGUGGCCUUCCGGACGAUAUUCGCUUCCGAAAUCCCAACACUUACGACAUAGUCCGCCUGGAAAAGAUUCUUCAAGCCCGAGAUGAGAUCAACAUCAACAUCAAAAGCCAGCUACAGCCUUUUGCAGAAAUAUGCACCCAAACAUGUAACACAGAAGAGAAAGCGGUUUCUACCAAUCGACGCAAACGCAAAAGAGUCCUGGAGAGCAGCCGGGUGUCCUUACCCUCCGAGUCAGGGGUAUCAACCAAUCAGAUUCCAGUGAUGCAAUGGCCCAUGUACAUGGUGGACUACAGUGGAGUGAAUGUGCAAGUCCAUGGGAAGGUGAAAUACUAGAAGAGGAAAAAGAUGCUAUGCUACAGGAAGAGAAUAGACAUGAGAGGACUUUAUCAAAGCUGUACUUAUAACCACAUCUCCAAGUUUCAGCUUUGCCCGUGUGCUGUUGCUUAAAUAAUCUUCUAACUGAAAAUAUAGGUUUGGAUGUGUGUUUUGGARUGGUGGCGAUUGCCAAUAUUAGGUGGCUUGGGUGGAAAGGUGAGGAGGAACUAUAGAAUCUGUGCAUAAUUUGUUGCAGGAUGCUUUCUUUUCUUUUGUCUUCCCCCACAAGUCCUGAUGGGGCUUUCUUGAUACAMCUAUUUCAAAAGUGAUUACAAAAAACGCUAUUCAAUCCGACUGGGGUUAUGUUAUGGCACUAAGCUUAUGGAACUCACAAUUACUGAAGUACUCACUAUUUUAAAUAAUUUUUAUCAGAUCCAACAUGGAGACUUUCGUURUGGGGUGUAACUACGGCACAAAUGUAUUGGAUCAAUCUGGUUUUACAACAUUCAGAUAUUUGUAUGAUUAUUUAUUUAUUUAUUUUGAAGAUGRAAAAAAAAAAACAUGUGCAGGGAUGUAAAUUACAAUGUUCAGUAAUCUAAGUACUGAAUCAAAUGUCUCUACAACGCUAACUACUACUGUAUGUAACUCAAAAAGUAUAUCAAUUGAAAUAUGUUUGCCUUCAGGUGUGCGUUCCGGUAUUCUCCGUGGUAGGAAUAACCCAAGGUGAUAGCAUUAUAUCUAAGAAAACAUUACAUAUUUUGUAUAACUACAUGGCUUUUCUUUUAUCACAGUACUUGUACAUGGAGUUGAGAUUUCUCAACUCGGCUUUUCUUAUGUUUGUUCCACAUCUGCGCUAAGUUGAAAUGUCUCAUUAAGUCAACAUGAAUGUAACGUGUGUAAAAGAAAGAAUGGUCUGUGUUAUCCUGUAACGAUUGUCUCUGGAUUCACCAGUAUUUAUAUGCUGUACCUUAAUGCCAUUUAGGCCUUUGAAAUAAAAUGUGUUGCCUUGCACUUUCAUUGGACUGCAGUGACUUUGUGUGUGAUGAAUGCAAGUUAAAAAAAAUAAAAAUUAUUCGAAAGGAAGUUUAAACCUA